UGCAGAUCUGUUGUCUGGCUUUGGAUUUCAACUUUGCACUAAUUCUGACUACAAUCAGUGGAGAAAAAGAGUGAAAAAUGAAAUCAAAACAUACCCUUUUUCUUCUCGAUAUUACAUCUAUUGUUCUAAGCAGUCGACACCUGUAAACAUCUUGUGCAUUGUUCCCAAGUGAGCAAAAAAAAAAAUAUCUGUUUGUUGGUAGUUUCAGAAACAGUUGAUUUAUUAAUGGGGUUGUCUGUCAUUUACUAGUCUUUUUAUUAAGCUAAAUUUGUAAUGGUGGUGUGUGAUGUCUGCCAUUUUUAGGGUCGGCUUAAAGAAACCAGCUUUGAAUAAGAGAGAAAAAAGAAAGGGUUGGUUAUCAGAUCGGCACCAAAUUGUACACAGCAAUCACUGCCAUUUUUUUUGGUUUGAGCUUAAUUUGAAGCUGAAAAAGAAAAGGAUUUUUUCUUGUCAGAUUCAAGGGUAUAUAUUAGCUGCUGCAAGCAAUUUACAUUGCUUGUUUCAACUUUUGUUAAAGGUUUAUCAACUUUGAAAGAGGGUAGGUUGUGGCUGCCAUUUCUUAGGUUUUUGCUUUUGAAAGCACUGCUGCUGCAAAAAAGAAAAGCUUAAAGGAGAGAGAGUCUACUGACUUGGACUGUGAUAUGUCAAAGGCCUUUUAUCAGACUACAUAAUCCAAAGUACUCUCUUUGUGUGUAAUAGUCAUCAUCAAUACAUAAAACAUCUCAACCCCACCAUUUUUUCUCAUCUGCUUUCUCUUUCUAACAUUUCUUCAAAGGAAAUGAAAACCCAGAUUUUCUUUCCUUUUUGCAAGUGAGAAAAAAAAAGGUAUAAGAGGGGGAGGCUUUUGAGUUGUUGGUUUGUGCGAAAGGAAUGAACUUGGUAUGGAGGUGGAUGAUAUUGAGACUCAAGCCUGUAAGUUCUCAACAGUUAGUAAUGAUGGAAGAAAUGGGUCGAGCAAGGUCGAGGACGAUGAAGAUGGAGAUGUCACUAAAAGCGCUGCUGCAAACGGCGGCGGCGGUGUUUUAGCUGAAAGUGGUUGCACUAAUUCACUUAGAGGUUGGAGCAACUCUUCGAGGAUUAUUAGGGUUUCUCGAGCCUCAGGUGGCAAAGAUCGGCACAGCAAGGUUUGGACUUCGAAAGGGUUAAGGGACAGGCGAGUAAGAUUGUCUGUUGCUACGGCUAUACAGUUUUAUGACUUGCAAGAUCGAUUGGGUUAUGAUCAGCCUAGUAAAGCUGUGGAGUGGCUGAUAAAAGCAGCUUCUGAUGCAAUUGCUGAGCUUCCUUCACUCAAUGCGUCAUUCCCCGACACCCCAAAGCAACUGAGUGAUGAGAAAAGAGCGAGUGAGGGUGUUGAGCAAGGGUUUGGCUCGGCUGAAGUUGAGUUAGAUGGUGAUCCGAGUAAUUACCAACACAACCAAUCUCAACAGCAACACCUUUCUUUGUCGAAAUCGGCUUGUAGUAGCACGUCCGAGACGAGCAAGAACUCGAGUUUGUCCCUUUCGAGGCCGGGGAUCCGUGCGAACCGAGUGAAGGCUCGGGAACGAGCUAGGGAAAGAGCAGUUAAAGAAAAAGAGGUUCAUCAUCAUCGACAACAACAAAACAUGAACCCCAUUUCUCGAAACUCCACCUUUACUGAGUUACUCACUAGUGGCAUUGGCAAUGUUAGCAACAAUAACAACGCCAAUCCUACUUCAGAUUCAGCACAUCAAAAUCCCAAUGCUGAGCCUGAUUUUUUCCAAAAGGCUAAUACCACUGCCAGGCUUUGGCCUGUGACUCCAAUGGAUUACUUCGCCUCAGGACUCCUUGGACCUUCUUCUUCAAGAGGAAGUCAUCAUCAUUCCUCAGCUUUUCCAGGACAAAUCCAGCUUGUAAACUCUUUACACCAGCACCCAAUGGCAACUCCACCAUUCACUUUGUCAAGUGAAAACCAUCAAGAGAUGCAACAUUUCUCGUUUGUUCCGAACCCUGACCAUUUGAUCCCGGUGGCAACAACACAACCGGGGCAAGGGGUUGAUUACAAUCUCAAUUUCACAAUCUCUUCUUCCGGCCUUGCUGGUUUCAAUAGGGGGACCCUUCAGUCCAAUUCUCCUUUUUUUCCUCAUCACCUCCAGAGGUUUUCUUCUAUAGAUGGAUCACCACAACCUUUAUACAUUGGUACACCACCAGUGGACAAUCAUCAUCACCACCAUCAAUUCCCAGCUGAUUUAGAUGGCCGCUUGCAGCUCUUCUAUGGGGAUGGAAACAGGAACUCGGACCAGAAAGGAAAAGGAAAGAACUAAUCAGUUUCCUUG